CACGCAAGGUCAGCAAGAUGAUAUCGCGAUAUACAACCUCUGCAUCUCAUGUUCUUCGAGAAGAAGUUAUCAAAAUCUACCGGCCCGGCCGGUAGUUGAUGAUGGAUCCCAUGUCCUCGGACGCGUGCAGAUCCCCUCUCCACUAUGCCGAGGUACAGCAUUCUCGAAAUGGAAAUCUUGCAACAGACUUCAAACAUCUUUACCAAAUCGCCAAUACAUAUCAGGAUUCUGACUUUGAGGAAUUGAUUCUUGGAUAAGAUGUCAAUUCCCACAGCAACCCUCAAAGAUACUCCCUCCUCGAGUGGCGCCACAUAUCCUCCAUUCGGAUGCCAAACACCAUAUGCUGAACCGCUCUGGUACUCCAGAAACGUAUCUCCACACUACACCGAGUCUCAUCGAAAGCUUCGAGCAGCAGUCAGAAGCUAUGUCGAUGAAGAGAUUCUUCCCUAUGCAUUUGAAUGGGAGUCUGCUGGGAAAGUACCAGACAAGGCUUUCAGACGUCACGUCGAAUUGGGAUAUAUUGGGCUAGUCACUGGACUGUCCAAUAUCCGUCUUCCAGGGGACAUACCACUGGAGGAGUGGGACUCGUGGCACAGUCUUAUUGCCAACGAUGAAUUGUCUCGCGUUGGCUAUACUGGAGUGUUGUGGGGUCUCGGUGGUGGAAAUGGGAUUGGUGUUCCUCCCAUUGUGAAUUUUGGAACUCCAGCUCAGAAAGCCAAGUUUCUCCCUGGUGUUGCCGACGGAAGUAUACGAUUUUGUCUCGGAAUCACAGAGCCUGAUGCUGGAUCAGAUGUCGCCAAUAUCAAAACCACUGCCGUUCGGCAAGGAGACCAUUAUGUUGUGAACGGUUCGAAGAAAUGGAUCACCAAUGCCAUCUGGGCAGAUUAUGUGACUGCUGCCGUCCGGACUGGAGGUGCGGGGGCGUCUGGAAUUUCUUUGCUGAUCAUUCCCUUGAAAGUCGAAGGCGUUACCACACGACAGAUGCAUAAUUCUGGUGUUGGAGCAUCCGGGAGUACGUUCAUUACCUUCGAUGAUGUGCUUGUCCCAGUCGAGAACCUCAUACACAAGGAAAAUCGCGGGUUCGAAGUUAUCAUGUCUAACUUCAACGCUGAACGAAAAUCAAUUGCCACACAGUGUAUUCGACUCAGCAGGGUGUGCGUCGAGGAUGCUUGGAAACAUGCGUGUACGAGGGAAACGUUCGGUAUGAAGUUGAUUGAGAACGCAAUCAUUAGAACGAAAUUUGUGAAGAUGGGGAGAAUGAUCGAGCCAGCACAAGCUUUCCUCGAGCAAUUGACGUGGCUAAUCGAAUUCAGUCGGAAGAAUGGAACCAAAGACUCAUCUGCUGUCAGAAUUGGCGGUAUGACUGCGAUGCUGAAAGUUGUCAGUACGAGGUGUCUGGAGAAGUGUGUGAGAAAAGCCCAGCAAGUUAUGGGCGGACUUGGCUAUGCAAGAGGAGGUAAAGGGGGAAGGAUUGAAGCUAUUUCAAGAGAUGUUAGGGUGAUGGCCGUUGGUGGUGGUAGCGAGGAAAUCAUGAGCGAAUUGGCUAUCCGAGAGGAAGGCAAAGACCUUCGGAAAUAUGCAAGCGCAAAGGCCAGUCUGUGAAGCCAUCAUGCUACUUUCAAUCAACAUCCAUUUGCAAUCUAAGAAACCAAUCUGCUACAUCACAAUGGCACCCCCUUCGGAUGUAGAUAAGCUGCACGAAUAACACCU